UCUUCCCAGGGAGCAACGCUUUUCCCAAGUGACCUCCAAAGAAAUGGAGUUGAUACUGAGGAAGAGAUAUACCGUGUUACCUACUUUGGAAAGGGAAGAAUGCCGGGAUUUGGGGAGAAAUGCACGCCGAGGGGACAGUGUACCUUUGGACCGCGGUUGCAGGACGAAGAGAUCAAGCUUCUGUCUGAGUUUGUAAAACUCCAGGCUGACCAAGGUUGGCCAAACGUAUCUACCGAUUAGCUAGUAGCAACAAAGAUUAGUACAGUUUAAUACAGUAAGAACAUGCAUCAUUACAUUGAUGUUUAUGUGUACCUUUCAUGUCUAAAAUUCAAUGUAUGGUGGCAAAUAAUAUAACAAAUAAUAUGAGAAUUGGGACGCUUCA